CUCUCCCUUUCUCUCCCUACCCCCCCCCCCCCCCCCGGAUGACUUCACUGUUCCGCCUGGGGUUCCUUUAUGAUCGCGGGAUCUCCCCCUCCUACAUCAAACACACACAAACACACACUGCGCUCAUUCUCGCUCUCCUUCCCACCUGGACGCACUGACUUAGCUUUUGCUCUGCGCUAUAAUAAACUACUGUGUUUCACGGAUAUUCGCAGGAUUUUCUACAACUUGUACUUGGGUUCGCGUCUGUUUCUGUCGUCUGCUAUUCCGUUCCAACUUCUGUCACCAUGUCUGAGGUUCUGCCGUACAACGAGGGGAAGAUGAACGGCUACGGAGCGGACAACGACGUCAGCCAGAUGUCCUUCAGCUGCGGGCUGCAAGACACAAGCUCGUUUUUCGGGGCGUCGCAGGCGAAAAGACCCCCAAAACUCGGCCAAAUAGGCAGAGCAAAGAGAGUGGUCAUCGAGGACGACCGAAUAGACGAGGUUUUGAAGGGAAUGACGGACAAAGCGUCAUCCGGCGUCUAAAGGUCCAGCGACGCCUCGCAGACAUUUAAUUUUUAAAACAUCACCAGUUUGAAGCAGUUGUCGGCUGUGUGUGAAUGAUGGAGGACGAAGAGAGACGACGCGCUGCCAAAAGGCGACAGAAGCGUAAACUAGAGAGAGUUGGCGACGGCGAGAUACUCGGCAUUCGCCGGACAUUCUACAAAACGAAAAGCCGAUUUCUAUAUAUAUAUAAAUAUAUAUUAAAAGGCCUAAAUAAAAGCGUAGCUGCGCAGAAAGUCAUCGACGCUGCAGCGGGUUCCCAUGUGGCUCCAUUAACGAGCUCUGCCACUGCUUUCCACGGUGGACGGAUUCGCCUUCACUUCACGAGCAUUUUCUUCCAACAUGCGCCGUAUAAGCAUCGACCUUAGAGAGCGCAGGACAAAGCACAUCUCCAGCUUUAUUAUCGUAUUUGUACAGAAUCUCACAUUCGAAAGAGAGUCGUAUUUACGCCUGUAGCCAAUUUGCGCUUCAAAAAAAAGUGAAAAGUGAAGGGUGUGUACUGAAUCAGCACCUGCGCCUUUACGCACAGUGUAGAGUUCAUUCCAGCUGCUGCUAGAGCUGUUUAUAGUAGUCUAAUACACAUACACAAAAAGAUAUUUCAAAAUCAAAAGACCCAGUGGAUGGUGCGAUGUUAAUAUCUUUAACUGUAUAGACUUCUUGUUGAAAAGAUGACGUAUUUUGCCCGAUUUUCAUCGUGAUGGCGCGCGGUCCCGCAACAAAGGACCAUUGUGGGUGUGCAUUAAAUUCACACACUGAAAAAAGGACUCCACAGAAAUAAUAGAUGAUGGCCUAUAAAAUGGCCCAAUGUCAUUUUUUUUUUGCGUUUUGUUUCUCCACCUCUUUGCAUGUAUUUUUAUCUUCGGUGCCAAUGCAGUUGACAUAACUUUUGUGCCGUAUUCACAUUACUGCGGAAAAUAAACGUAGCGCAUGAUUUAAUGACUCCAGCACUGUCGGCGGAGCUGCAUAUAGUGUAUGAUCAGGUUUGUAAUCAUGAGGUGGCAAAGGAACCACAUUAAGGGGUAGCACCACUCAGUUAUGUAGCUAUAGAAAAACCUUGAAGCUGCAGAAUGUUUGGUACAAAAUGAAUGGCUAUAUAAUGACUCUGUUGGCCUUAUAGUUAUAUAGUUUUUAAGAUAAAUGUUCCUUCAUCAUCACAAACUAGAAUUUAAAUAAACAUAAUCAUCAAGAUAUUAUUCGUUUUUGUACAUAAAAAGUAUUCCAUAAAAAUAAUAGACAUGGUUGAUAGAAGAUGAGGUCAGAAUUGGUGUUUUAUGAUUUAUUUAAAGGGUAGCAAGUGGUGCAGCAGACAAAACCAUUUGACCUUCCUUCUGGAAACAAUGCAAACAAGUAGCAUUUAAGGCUAGCAUAACAGGAAACUACAACAAGGGUUCUAUUACACAAACAAAUUCACUUUUAAACAUUCAGGUAAAAUAACCAACCUUGCAGAUCAUUUGGGUUUAUUAUCAUUAAAGUCUAUCUUUUUUGACGCACUCUAACAGCACAGCAUUGAAAAGGUAUGAGGACAACACUCAGUUCAGGUCAAUGUCCAUGGAAACAUUUUCCCACAAUGAUAUGAAUACAGCAUCACUCAUGACAGAUUUUUUUAAGUCACUUUUGUAUUUUUCUUGCAUCUAAUAUUUAUUAUAUAUAACCUCUGUUAUUUUAUUGUCUUACACAAAAAUGUUUGUAUCUCAGAAAGUUAUGAGAAGAUAACACAACUGAAAGGGUUGUUACAUUGUUUAGUAUCAGACAAGGGACUUUAUUUCUCUCUUUAAAGGGACAUGCUGAAUGUGCUGCGGGGUUUAUUUGCACAAAUCAAUGUUAUUAAUAUAACUAAGAAAUUGUAUACUGUGACUUGAGUUUCAUUGAUUACUUUGUUAGAAGAUGGUGACCUUAGAUUCUACUACGCUGUUUACGACUAUCCUCAAAUAACAGUGUUAUUUGAUGAGUUUCUGAGCGUUAUAUCUAUGCGUUUUUCUGUUUAUUUUGUACAAUUCUUAUAAAAAAAAAUUCUGGUUUGUUGUGCAUGAAACCAACUUUUCAAAAACUGGCAUUGUUUAAGCAAAGAAGCAACAAAAAUGUAAUCGCAUUCUGAGAAUGAUUCAUUGUAUAUUAUGAUGCCAUUUUCACUGUACUUGGUGAAUUAAUAAAUGGUGGGAAGAAA